UUUUAAAUAAACGCUUUAUUUAUCGUUAAUUUCUUUUUUUAUUGUGUUUACAUAACCACAUUGGUCAGAGAACUAGAUUACGCAUAUGGUUAGUAGCUGAAAAAAACAGUCGAUCUAAAAAGGUUAAAUACGUUUAAUAAAUUAACGACUGAUAGUCAUAUUUCAGUGGCACCUAUGUUUAUUUGAAUUUGUAAUCUUAUCAGUCGUAUAUUAUUUUUACCCCGCUCCAAUGAUUUUCGCGCGUUUGUAGUUCUUUGUUACCUCAUAUCUUCUGAACCAGAGAACAGAUUUACAUAGAUGAGGUUUCGUUAGAUUCGACUUAGCAGCCCAAGUGUCUUUAGACAAGAAGCAUUAACAAAUAUGUAAUACUACAAUAUUUAUAUCAAAGUAUACACGAGCAUUUCAAAAAGGAAUAUCAUGAUUAUAAAAAGUUAGUAUUUUUUCUGACCUUAGUUGUUUUGUACGCAGGUACGCGGGUUUUUGUUAGAUUAAUUAAAACUUGUUAAACUGAGUAGAAAAAAUGACACCAAGACUAUUCAACUUAAACAAAUAAAAUAAGAAAGUAUUAAGGACUGCAGAACAGUUCUGUGUUCGCUACUCCUUAAAUUAGAAUAGAAUAUAGGUAGUAGUAGUAAUAAGAUAUCAUUACAAAUAACGUCUACGAAACAUACUUCGUAUACAACUAAUACGAAAUACGAAUUCUCAAAACUAGUGAUCCCAUGUUUUCAAAAGCUUAUCGUAUUAAUAUUAUUCAAAUCUGAGCUUUACUUAUGACAAGUAGAAGGGCCGCAAUCGGGCCGAAUUAAUUUUAGAGAUUCCUUCAUAAAUCCUUCAGCUAAAGUCGGUAGGCCCUCCCUAAGCGCUUUAUUACGCACACGGGAUGAAAACAUCAGGCCGCUCAAGGCCACGCGAGGGGCCGCGACUGCCGGCCUUACGACGUGCCUUCCUAGUCAUAUUAUAUCUCCUAUGUCAUUGAUAAAAGCGUCGUUUUUGCGUAACGCGAUAGAAUAUUGUGACAAUUAAGGCGAAGUGUGUGCGAAUGAGAGGGAAGAGGGUUCACCCUCGCGACCCCAGUCCCGCCAGCCGGCAGUGCCGCCGCCCCAGCUAGCUUCGCUCGGACGCCGCUAGUCGGCGCUGCGAGCCCGCCAUCACAACACCAUGCUAUUAAUAUUAUAUUAAAUCUUAUUUAGAUAAUUUCAUGUAAACAAUCUGGUUUGUGUUAUGUUUAGUGUGAGUGUGUGUUGUGUGCAGGCUGGUCACUUGGCUUCUGACCACCAUGUGUCCUGUAGCCGCGUGACUGAGAUAUCUUAAGAUGCUGAAUCGGACGUUAAAACAGCCAACCGUAGAAAUAACUUAGCACGUGCCGCUCAAAUAAUUAAUAUCUCAUAAUAGUACAAAGCUAUCGAACUUAUCGCUUAGGCUCUCUUAGUUUAUUUUUGUAACGCUUUACGUAGUAACAGUACAGAGAAACGGUUUGGCAAACCGACACUAUUUUCUAUAACGUACAGCAGAUAGCUCUAUCGUCCUCGCUACGUAGUUUUAUAGGGGAAAACAAUGCCAGAGGUUCUCAUAAAGCAUCGAUAUCUUGGAGGUUGUGAUUUUUCGUGGGUUGUGUAAUGGUAGGGUGGUAGGGGGUAGUGGUAAUGUGUGAAGAUAAGGAGGAGGCUCGCAGCGAGGCGGGCGCGGCGGCGAGUCCGCGGCGGCUGUGCUGGUCGCGCCCCCCGCCGCCGCUGCCCGACACGCGCGGCCUCUGCUGCGCCAAGCUGCUCCGGAAAAACGGGAAGCCCAAGAAGGUGCUGAUGUUCCCGGAGGAGGGCUGGGCCCGCAGCGCGUCCUCCUCGUACUGGACGCUGCAGCCGAGCUGGUGGCGCCGCUCGCGCUGCAAGGUUGUCGAAGUCGCCGGCACUAGACGGCAUAGUACUCAUGCGCGCAUGGUGAUAAGUGGCGCUAACGCAGUCUACAUCGUGGGGACUUUCAAGCAUAUGGGGACGGAUGCCGACUUUAAGCUAUACCUGACGACGAACGUGACGCAGGCGGACUUCAACAUGGGCUAUACGAUGACGGGCACGCUGGAGCGCGGGAGUCGAUCCUCCAACACUUUCCAAAUGACGCACUUCGCGGUGCUGCGCCGCUGCGACCACGACACGCACCAUCUUAAGAACGCCUAGUCGUGUACACAGGAA